AUGAACGCUAGCUUUGGCGGCUCCUUUGCCCGCGGCGUGUUUGCGGAGCGAGAGAUUGGUUACGGCCGUGAGGUCAUGAAUCUGCCCGCCUACUGCAUGUACAUCAGUGAGAACGACCGCCAGCCCCUGCGAGAACAGGUGCUUAUUAUGACGAAGGAGAUCUUCAGCAAAGUCGUCUACGGAACGCCACAGGAACAGCAGUACGUCAAGCACCGCAUCCUCUCGCUCAUGUCCGGCGGCUUUUCCUACUUUACUCGCGAGCGCGACGUUUUUGACUUUGCGGAGGAGGUGCGUGCUCCCGGGGCCGACGGGGCCUUCCGCAACGGCUCCAGCUGCCUGAUGAGCGGGGAAUUCUCCUCUUACGAUCUGCAGAAACUUCCCCUCAUCGUCGAGUUUAACCGCUUCGAGGUAGACUACCGUGGUCGCCGCGGCAUCUGCCUCUUCCCCGAGGCCUCGUACUUGAAUCACAGCUGCGAGCCGAACGUUGAGCUCUCCAUUACGUACAACAGCAUCAAAAACAACUUUUUCCUCAGCGCCCGCGCGGUGCGGCCCAUUCGCGAAGGCGAGGAGCUCUUUAUCAACUACAUGCCGGACAACAAUCUCCCUCUCUCACGUCUGGCGCUGACCAUGAAGAAGCGCUGGGGGUUUGAGUGCUCCUGCGUCAAGUGUAAGAGCCGUGCAGUGGGCGCCGUGACCGUUGUUUUUGUUGUUCUUCUGAUCCCCAUCAUUGUGUACAUCCGCCGCUUCAUUGUGGAGCGGACAAAGGAGAAGCACCGCAGCUUGUGA